AUGAAUUAAUAUAUGCGUAUCAAACCUGUGUUUGCAACAUUCUAUCCAGAUCAAUGUAGAAAUCAUUCAAAAGAAAAUAGGAUAAGUUCUGGAUAUGCUUAAAGUAGAAUGGAAGAUAAAUCAUAAUCAGUUGAUAAAUUUAAAAAUCAAGUGAUUUUAUUGUAAAAUCAAUAAAAUGAUUUGAAUGAACAUAUGUAAAUGCAAAUUAGUAAAUUAAUGGAAAGAAUGAAUAAUGCAGAACAACAUAUUGCAAGAAUAUAUGAGAGUGGAUGGAUGGAUGCAAUAAAUAUAGUUUAAGAAGACAUGCAUAAAUUACAACUUUAAUUAUAGAGUGUCUAAUAAAUGAUUAUUGUAGAAGAAGAGAAAUCAUAAUAAUUUUAUAUAGAAUAAAUCAAUCAAAUGAAAUAUACAGUAUUAGAUUAAAUUAAUAGUAUGGAUUAAGAAAUUAAUGUAAAAAUAGAAGAUUUAAGAAUUAAAUUAGAUGAAUACAAUUAAGAAUUUAAAUUAAAAUUAGUAGAAACUAAUGAUAUAGAUAAAUAUUAACGAUUUAAUGAAGAAAUGUCAAUAUAUUUAAAAAAUAAUAAUAAUAAUUAAAAUCUCACUCUCUCACCUAAAUAUAAAAGUAGAUCAUAAAAAUUAUCAUUACCUUAAAUAAAUGAAUUAGAUGAUUCUUAAUAACUUUAAUCCUUUUAAUUUUUAUAAUCUCAAUCCCUUUAAUAUUAAUUAGAUAAUGAAGGACAUUUAUUAUUAAAUGGUGAAUAUAUAUAUGAUAGUGUAGGAAAUAAAUAAUAAUUGUCAAAUGAUUAAAUAAAAUAUAUAAAUUUAAUACCCAAAUGA